GGUCCCAUCUCAGAGAGGGGUCCGGUGUCCUCUCUCUCUUUCUAGCCCUCUUGCUAUUUCUUUGCUAACUUCUUCUAUCUCUUUGGCAUCAGACACAAUGAGCAGGCAGUUCAGUUCUAAAUCGGGGAGUGGGGUCAGGAUGUCCAGUGGCUAUGCCUCUUCCAACACGGUCCUUCCCGGUGGGUCUAAAGGGAGCUUCAGUUCAGUUUCUUUGUCCCGUGGUGGUCGAGGAAAUGUAGGGGUAGGAGGUGGCUUUGGUAGUAGAAGUCUCUACAGCCUAGGGGGUACAAAGAGCACCUCCAUCAGUGCCGGUGGGGGAAGCUUCAUGGGUGGAAGUGGUGGGUUUGGUGGCAGUGGUUUUGGUGGCAGUGGAUUUGGUGCUGGGGGAGCUGGAGGCUAUGGAGGAAUGGGCUAUGGAGCUGGAGGAUACGGUGGCGGCUUUGGAAUGGGGAGUUUUGUCGGAGGCGGAAGAAUGGGCCCCAUUGCCCCUCCUGGGGGCAUCCAACAAGUGACUGUCAACUCCAACCUCCUGUCACCGCUCAACCUUGAGAUUGACCCAGAGAUCCAAAAAGUGCGCGUGCAGGAAAGGGAGCAGAUCAAGACCCUCAACAACAAGUUUGCAUCGUUCAUUGACAAGGUGCGGUUUCUGGAGCAGCAGAACAAAGUUCUGGAGACCAAAUGGAGUCUCCUGCAGCAACAUGGCAGCACGGCCACCAAAAUCAACAUAGAACCCAUGUUUGAGGUUUACAUCAACAACCUGAGGAAGCAGAUGGAUUCCCUGAUGAAUGACCGGUCAAAACUGGAUGGAGAGCUGAGAAAUGUACAGGAUCUUGUGGAAGAUUACAGGAAGAAAUACGAGGACGAAAUCAACAGGCGCACGACAGCUGAAAAUGAAUUUGUCGCCAUCAAGAAGGAAGUAGAUGGUUCUUUCAUGAACAAAGUGGAGAUGCAAGCUAAGUCAGAUGGCCUGACAGAUGAAUUAAACUUCCUGAAAGCGCUCUAUGAUGCGGUAAGUGCUUAA